AAGAAGUUAAAAUUAGUCCAAACAAAAUACUGGGUGGAGGGUUUAAGAGGUUUUUGCUUCUACUUUGUUUUCGUUAUCUUCUUUCUUGUAAGAGAGAUAAUGAUGUCUCUGCUUCACCACUAUUCCAUGCCCCUCGCACGUGUGGUGCGUCCUUCACCUCGCACACGUGCCGCCAUUUCCUUCGCAACUUCUUCUUCUCCUCGCACCACAAUUCCUCAGUCUCAGGUUCUCCUUGGCUUAUCCGAAACUGAACUCCAAAAACUUGCUCUUGACUUUGGUCAGCAAGGUUUUAGGGGGAAGCAACUUUAUCAUCUUAUAUAUAAGAGAAAGGUCAAAGAUAUUCAAGAGUUUACUCAAGUGCCUCAGGCAUUUAGGAAUGAGCUUGAGGAAGCUGGAUGGAAGGUGGGACGGUCUCCAAUUUUCAACACUGUUGUUGCAACGGAUGGAACUGUGAAGUUGUUAUUAAAGUUGGAAGACAACAGAUUGAUUGAAACUGUUGGUAUUCCUGUUGAAGAUGAGAAGGGUUCAGUUCGCCUGACAGCAUGUGUCUCAUCACAGGUAGGUUGCCCUCUGAAAUGCUCUUUUUGUGCCACUGGAAAAGGCGGCUUUUCUAGGAAUCUUCGGAGCCAUGAAAUUGUUGAGCAGGUCUUGGCCAUUGAGGAGGUGUUCAAACGCAGGGUGACUAAUGUAGUCUUUAUGGGAAUGGGUGAACCAAUGUUAAACCUGAAGGCAGUACUUGAGGCACACCGUUGCUUGAAUAAGGAUAUACAAAUUGGGCAAAGAAUGAUGACUAUCUCCACCGUGGGGGUUCCAAAUACAAUAAAGAAGUUAGCUACUCAUAAACUUCAAUCCACUUUAGCUGUGAGCCUACAUGCUCCUAACCAGAAACUAAGGGAGACAAUUGUUCCAAGUGCAAAGUCUUACCCAUUGGAUGCACUUAUGAAAGACUGCAAGGAAUACUUCCACGAAACAAGUAGACGGGUUUCCUUUGAAUAUGCACUUUUAGCCGGAAUCAACGACUCAGUAGACAAUGCAGUAGAACUCGCUAAACUACUACAUGAAUAUGGCAGUGGUUAUCAUGUCAACCUUAUACCUUUUAAUCCAAUAGAAGGCUCUGAGUUUCGCCGUCCUUACAGAAAAGCAGUGCAAGCAUUUGUUAAUGCUUUGGAGUCAUCUAAAAUAACCACUAGUGUACGCCAAACCAGAGGACUGGACGCAAAUGCAGCUUGUGGUCAGCUACGGAACAAUUUCCAGAAAACUCCUUUGGUCACAGAAUCUGACAACAAUCUGGAAUCCCAGCUUCCAAAUAUGGACCUUGCAGUUACAGGUUGAUAGUGUCAGUUUCGUGGCUGCUUACGUUAUCAACUUUCUACUUAUAUGGCAUAUACUAAACAAGUUCGGACUAAAACAAUGAGAGGUUUGAUCAACCAAAAUGAGUAUAAUCUCAAUUACCAAUUAUGAAGGGAUAGAGGUGUUUCCUGUUACUGCCUGAGUUGUAAUGUCAACUUUCUUGCUAGCAGAGAAAUGUGGAGAAACAUCUAUGUGGUUGUUAGCUCUAUUUUUGUGGUAUGCAGGUUUGGAAACUUAGAAAGUCUUUAGAUUCUUUGGCAGCUAAGAGAAAUUUUCAUAAGAAACAACCUACUGGAAAUUAGUUACUACCACAAGCAAAUAUUGUUGGUUAUAAGUGAUUAGGACUUUGUAGUUCAUAUGGUGCACUUGGGAGAUAUUUUUCAUGUAUUGGACCCCUUUUGCAUUAUAUAUUUAUUUAUUUAUUUAUGUCGCAACUGCUGAUCCAGCUUGUAAAAAUCUGACUAUUAAAACAGAUUUUUUCCCCCUUUGUUAA